AUGCCGCAGAGCAGAGAGAAAUUGUUGGUGAUGGGUCUUGGUUUGAAGAUGAAAAGCCUGAGGCACGACCCCAAGGCUUUGAAGUUACAUGAGCAAGCAGGGAACAAAGGAAAGUACACUUUCAUUCAGGCACAUGAGCAAGCAGGAAGCAAAGGAAAGUACACUUUCAUUCAGGCACAUAGGGCAUGGCUUCCCAAGUUUUUGAUGCUGUGGAUCCUUCUCAUGGCCCUAAUUGGUUGGUGCAUCUAUACUAAAAUGGAUGCUGACACUAAAGUCAGAAGAAAAGAGGUGCUGCGUAGCCUCUGUGAUCAAAGAGCAAGAAUGCUGCAAGAUCAAUUCAGUGUUAGUGUCAACCAUGUCCAUGCCCUUGCCAUCCUUGUUUCAACCUUCCAUUACUACAGAACCCCUUCUGCAAUUGAUCAGGAAACCUUUGCGGAGUAUACAGCCAGGACUGCAUUUGAACGGCCAUUACUCAGUGGGGUGGCCUAUGCACAGAGAGUGGUUAACUCGGAGAGAGAAUCAUUUGAGAAGCAACAUGGAUGGGUUAUAAAGACAAUGGAAAGAAAGCCUUCUCAGGUUAGAGAUGAGUAUGCACCGGUGAUAUUUGCACAAGAAACUGUCUCCUACCUUGAAUCUCUUGAUAUGAUGUCCGGGGAGGAGGACCGAGAGAACAUUUUGAGGGCCAGGGCCACUGGGAAAGCUGUUCUCACUAGCCCUUUUAAGCUGUUGGGUUCUCAUCAUCUUGGUGUGGUUUUGACAUUUCCUGUUUAUAAAUCUAAGCUCUCUCCAAAGCCAACAAUGGAAGAGCGCAUUAAAGCAACAGCAGGAUAUGUUGGAGGAUCCUUUGAUGUUGAGUCGCUAGUGGAGAAUUUACUUGGUCAACUUGCUGGUAACCAAGCAAUUUUGGUGAAUGUAUAUGAUAUCACAAACUUUACUGAUCACUUAAUCAUGUAUGGCAAGCAAGAUGAAGAAGGAGAUAUGUCUCUUGUCCAUGAAAGUAAGCUUGAUUUUGGAGAUCCAUACAGGAAACAUAAAAUGAUAUGUAGGUAUCACCAGAAGGCACCAACCAAUUGGAUAGCACUUACAACGGCAUUUUUAUUUUUUGUGAUUCUUUUAUUAGUUGGUUAUAUUUUAUAUGGUGCUGGAAAUCAUAUUGUCAGAGUAGAGGAUGAUUUUCACAAAAUGGAGAAAUUAAAAGUCCGUGCAGAAGCAGCAGAUAUUGCCAAGUCAGAGUUCCUAGCUACUGUCUCUCAUGAAAUCAGAACACCCAUGAAUGGCAUUUUAGGAAUGCUUGGUCUGCUUCUAGGCACCGAAUUGAGUUCAACUCAACUAGAUUAUGCUCAGACUGCUCAAGCAUGUGGGAAAGCUCUGAUUGCAUUGAUAAAUGCGGUGCUUGACCUGGCCAAAAUUGAAGCUGGCAAGUUAGAGCUGGAAACAGUUCCAUUUGACAUUAGAUCCAUACUAGAUGAUGUCCUUUCUCUUUUUUCUGAGAAAUCUCGGCACAAGGGUUUAGAGCUGGCAGUAUUUGUUUCUGAUAAAGUUCCAGAUAUUGUUAUGGGUGAUCCUGGAAGAUUCAGACAAAUAGUAACAAACCUUGUUGGCAACUCUGUUAAAUUCACUGAGCGAGGGCAUAUAUUUGUGAAAGUCCAUCUAGCUGAAAAUAGAAUGUCCUCAAUGAUUGGAAAAAUUGAGACUUUUCUAAAUGGACGAUCAGAUGAAGUUAUGCAUAUGUCUGGUGGUGGUUAUAAUUUCAAGACGUUAAGUGGAUAUGAAGCAGCUGACGAGCGGAACAGCUGGGACAAUUUUAAGCAUCUGAUCGCUGAUGAAGAAUUUUUCUUUGAUGCUUCGGUUAAAAAGGUGGCCAUUGAAUCUUAUGAGCAAGUCACCUUGAUGGUCAGUGUGGAGGACACUGGAACUGGAAUUCCUUUCUCAGCCCAAGAGAAGAUUUUCGUGCCUUUUGUACAGGCAGACAGCUCAACCUCAAGACAUUAUGGUGGUACUGGCAUUGGCUUGAGUAUAAGUAAGUGCCUGGUUGACCUAAUGGGUGGUGAGAUAAGUUUCAUAAGCCGACCCCAGAUUGGGAGCACGUUUUCAUUUACUGCAGAUUUUGGAACAAUUAAGAAAAAUUCAAUAACUGACAUGAAGAAACAUAAUUUGGAAGACCUACGUUCCAGUUUUACCGGGCUUAAAGCCAUUGUGGUUGAUGGAAAACCUGUUAGAGCAGCUGUGACUAGAUACCAUCUGAAGAGACUUGGGAUUCAGGGCAAAGUUGCAAAUAGCAUCAAUAAGGCUGUUUCUUUAUGUGGGAAAAAUGGUUCUUUGACCCCAGGAUUAUCUCAGCCUGAUAUAAUUUUUGUUGAGAAAGACUCAUGGAUUUGUGGAGAGGAUGGGAUGUUCAGUGUGUGGCAACUGGACUGGAAACAGCACGGGCAAUUGUUUAAGAUACCUCAAAUGAUCCUUCUUGCAACCAACAUUAGUAAUACUGAAUUUGAUAAAGCCAAAGCGGCAGGUUUCAGUGAUACUGUGAUCAUGAAGCCUCUGAGAGCCAGCAUGGUGGCUGCAUGUCUUCAGCAAGUUCUGGGAACGGGGAAGAAGAGGCAGCUAGGGAAAGACAUGAAGCCUAAUGGUUCCACUUUUGCAAGAAUCCUUCUUUGUGGGAAAAAAAUCUUAGUGGUUGAUGACAAUAGGGUAAAUAGGAGGGUUGCAGCAGGUGCAUUACAAAAUUUUGGAGCUCAUGUUACUUGUGCAGAAAGUGGCAAAACUGCUCUUGAAAUGCUUCAAUUGCCUCACAAUUUUGAUGCUUGCUUCAUGGAUAUUCAAAUGCCAGAAAUGGACGGCUUUGAAGCAACUCGGCGAAUUCGGGAUAUGGAGAGAAAGGCAAAUGAGCAGUUGAUGAAAGGUGAAGGUGGUGAAGGAAAUGGCUUGAAAAAGGAGUACCAUUUACCUAUACUGGCCAUGACAGCAGAUGUAAUUCACACAACAUACGAGAAGUGCUUGAAAUGUGGAAUGGAUGGUUAUGUCUCAAAGCCUUUCGAGGAAGAGAAUCUGUAUCAAGCAGUUGAAAAGUUUUUCAACCCCAAGCCUACCUCGGACAACUCAUUACAGAAUGGCAACAGAACUGAGCAAGCACCUUAA